AUGUUAACAGACUUUUUGUGGCCACAAUUGGAUCAACAUUUUCGCGCCAUAAUUUAUUACAACUUUCAGAGACAAUUAUCGCGACAAGAAUGCCUUGCUGAGUUACUGUCUAUUUUCGGCAACGAAGCGCCACAUCAGUCGACAAUUUCCCGUUGGUAUGGAGAAUUCAAACGUGGACGGGUGAGUCUUAGCGACGAUCCCAGGGUGGGUGCACCAAAAACGGCAGCCACCCAGGAAAACGUCAAUGCUGUGCGCAAACUCAUCAUUGAAGAAAGACAUGUGACAUAUCGCGAGAGUGAGGCGUCCUUGAAGAUCUCAAAGACAAAAUUAGUUUCUCGUUGGAUACCCCACCUGUUGACUGAAGAACAGAAAGCAGCCAGGGUUAAUUGGUGUCAAAAAACGCUUGACCGUUUCAUUUCCGAAAACUCAAAAAAUGUGUACAGCAUUGUUAGUGGUGAUGAAUCGUGGAUUUACUCUGUUUGGGUGUUCCAAGGUGAAGAAAAGCUAACAAUAGCCAUCCGUUCUCGAAGUGUUUCGAAAAAGAUGGUCGCGACAUUUCAAAGAACUGUUACUGUGGAUUGGUACACCACCAUUUGUUUGCCAAAAGUCAUCACCGAGCUUCGAAAAAUCAACGCCGAAAGAAGAAUCAUCCUCCACCAAGACAAUGCAAGCUCGCACACAGCCCAAAAAACAAGGCAGUAUCUAACGGAAGAAAACGUGGAAUUAUUGGACCAUCCUCCAUAUAGUCCCGAUCUAAGUCCUAACGAUUUCUUUCCUUUCCCGAAAAUUAAAAACAGACUGCGUGGUCAAAGGUUCCAGUCACCAGAAGAAGCAGUUGACGCAUUCAAAAAUGCCGUUUUGGAUCUGCCAGCAAACGAGUGGAAUAAGUGCUUCGAAGAUUGGUACGAGCGCAUGCAGAUGUGUAUUAAUCUUCGCGGAGAAUACUUCGAAAAACAAUAAAGUCAUUUAAAACUACCUACCGUGUUGUUUUAUUUCCAUAUGCAAAACUUAAAAGACAUCCCUCGUACCAGGAAAAACUUGAAAUGACCCAA